GAGAACCACUGGUGUACCACACUGUUUUAUGUUUUGCAUGAGGUAUCUUUCAUAAUACUGAUAAAUGUAAAGUCUAAUUUAUGAAAAAAUUGAAGUCAGCUAUUUUUGCAUCAAUUUGCUUUUACUUUCUGUAUGAUUAACAAGAAGCAUCCUAAAAAUGCCGAAGGGAAAAUCAAAGAAGUUUAUUGAGAAGAAAAAUUCAGUAACAUUUCAUUUAGUUCAUCGUUCACAAAAGGAUCCAUUAAUUGCUGAUGAAACAGCACCACAACGCGUACUUGUACCAGUUGGGGAUGCACAAGCUCCUAAGUUAGAUAAGAAAAAUGUAGAUAUUUCUAAGCGCAAAGAAGAGCAACAAAAAUACGGCAUAUAUUUUGAUGAUGACUAUAACUAUCUGCAACAUCUGAAGGAUGUUAAUUCUUUGACAACUGAAUGGGAACGUGUAGAUGCUCCAAAUGUUUCAAAAACAAGUGACAAGAAAGAUACUCCAAAAAUUAAUUUACCAUCUUCUGUGUUUGCUUCAAAUGUAGAAGAAAAAGUUGGACUUCUUAACAAAGCAGCUCCUACAUCUGGAUUGAGAUUAGACUUGGAUCCAGAUGUGGUAGCAGCAUUGGAUGAUGAUUUUGAUUUUGAUGAUCCAGAGAAUGAAUUAGAAGAUAAUUUUAUAGAAUUAGCUGAAAAUGGUGAUAAUGAGUCAACAGAUAAUGAGUAUGAUGAAGAGUCAGAUGUUUCAUCUGAAGGACAUAUGAAAUUAUCUGAUGAAGAACAAGAUGAAGUACACAGUUUAAAUGGACCUCAGUACACUUUUAGAGAUGAAGAAACAAAAUCCCGUUUUACAGAGUAUUCGAUCAGUAGUAGUGUCAUAAGAAGAAAUGAACAAUUGGCUCUUCUUGAUGAUAAAUUUGAGAGGAUGUAUGCAGCAUAUGAUGACAAUGAAAUUGGUUCAUUAGAAUGUGAUGAAAUUGAAGGUUACAUAGAACCAGAUUCAGAUUUAGUCCUUCAGUGUGCAGCAGAAUUUGAAAAACAAGAAAACGGAGAUGCUGAGAAUGUUGCACAACUUAUGCAAGAGAGGAUGAAGAUUUUAGAAAAAGAAUACUCCAGCUCUGAUGAUGAAAAUGGUUUAGAACAACUUGUUGUUGAUGCAAGACAGAAGGAUCAAUGGGAUUGUGAAAGCAUUAUUAGUACAUACAGCAACAUAUAUAAUCAUCCGAAAUUAAUUUCGGAACCUAAGGCACGUUAUUUAAUAAUAAUAUUUUACUCAUGUUGUUUAGAACGUUUUUUCGAUCUAUGAAUUUCUUUACAGCAUCCAGAAAAAAUCAAAGUCAAUCCAAGAACUGGAAUUCCAAAAAACGUUUUAGAUGGAGCCUCUGGAAAAUUGACUACUAAAAGUUUAGCUCAGUUUAAUCAACAAAAUCAAAGUUGUAAACCAAUUGGACCGCGAUCUAUCGCGGAAACAAUGAAAUCGACUUUAAGCACAUUAAGUGUCAGACCAAAAGGAGAAACGCCUGAAGAAAGGAAGGAUAGAAAAAAAUCACUGAAGGAAUACAGAAAAGAAAGGAGAAUGGAACGAAAAGCAAAUACCGGAGCAUUUAAGGAAGAAAAGAAACGCCAAGAAAAAAUUCUAUUGAACAACAGACAAAACAUACAAGGAAAUCGUAUACUUUAAUGUAUAAAUUUCUUUAUACUCCUCUUCUGUAAAUUAAAUAAUCCACAAUUAUUUACAUGUAUAUUAAACGUAUUUAAUAUAA